CUGAGCGCUUCCUGCGGCGGUGCAAAACAGACUGGCGAUCUGAGGAACGGAGAAUUGCAGUUUCUGGUAAACGCAGUGAUGGCCUCGGCUCCUAUAGCACCUUAUAACUCCAGUCCUCUUGGGAACAGCUCCAGCCAAAACGCGUCCAGAGAGAGCCUGAAGAUGGAGCCGCUGGCAGAUGUUACGCUGCUGCCGGGAGAAGAGAGAGUGAUCGAUAAAGAUAUCAUCUACAUCUGCCCAUAUAAUGCUGCAGUCAAAGGAAAGGUGUUCAUCACCAACUACAGACUCUACUUCAAAAACACUGACUCAGAGACACCAGUUACCUUGAACAUCCCCUUAGGUGUCAUAAGCCGUGUAGAAAAGAUGGGCGGAGCCUCCAGUCGAGGAGAAAACUCCUACGGGCUUGAAAUCACCUGCAAGGACAUGAGGAACCUGCGAUUUGCUCUGAAGCAAGAAGGCCACAGUCGAAGAGACAUCUUUGAGAUUAUUUUCAAAUACGCUUUUCCACUUUCUCACGGAAUGCAACUCUUUGCCUUUUUAAGUCAGGAGAAGUAUGAGGAGAAUGGCUGGAACGUGUAUGAGCCGUUGGAAGAGUAUAGGAGGCAGGGUCUACCCAAUAAUGAGUGGAGGGUCACUUUCAUCAAUAAGACCUACGAGCUCUGUGACACCUAUCCCACAAUUCUUGUAGUUCCCUACAAGGCCACAGAAGACGAUCUUCGAAAGGUCGCUACGUUUCGCUCGCGCUGCCGCAUCCCGGUGUUGUCGUGGUUCCAUAAAGAGAACCAUGCUGUGAUCACGCGGUGUAGUCAGCCUUUGGUGGGUAUGAGCGGCAAGCGCAACAAAGAUGAUGAGCGUUAUUUGGACCUAAUCCGGGAGGCCAAUGGUACUACCAAACUCACCAUCUAUGACGCCAGGCCCAACGUCAAUGCUGUGGCAAACAAGGCCACGGGUGGAGGUUAUGAGGGUGAUGAUGCAUAUCAGAACGCAGAACUGGUCUUUCUGGACAUUCACAAUAUUCAUGUCAUGAGGGAGUCACUGAAGAAGCUAAAGGACAUUGUUUACCCCAAUGUGGAGGAAUCUCAUUGGCUCUCCAGCCUGGAGUCCACGCAUUGGCUAGAGCAUAUUAAGCUGGUGCUGUCGGGGGCCAUUCAGGUGGCUGAUAAGGUGUCUUCUGGGAGCUCUGUGAUGGUUCACUGCAGUGAUGGCUGGGAUCGCACCGCUCAGCUCACGUCUCUGUCCAUGCUGAUGCUGGACUCCUACUACAGGACUCUCAGGGGCUUCCAGGUCCUGAUGGAGAAGGAGUGGAUCGGCUUCGGACACAAGUUUGCCUCAAGAAUUGGCCAUGGGGACAAAAACCAUGCGGAUCAGGACAGAUCACCGAUCUUUUUGCAAUUUAUUGACUGCGUGUGGCAAAUGACUAAACAGUUCCCAACAGCGUUUGAGUUUAAUGAACGUCUCCUGGUGGUCAUUCUGGAUCAUCUGUACAGCUGCCGCUUCGGCACUUUCCUCUACAACUGUGAGAGUGUUCGUGACAGCAAUAAUGUUCGGGGGAAGACUGUGUCUCUGUGGUCUUACAUCAAUAGUGACACUUCUUUGUAUAUAAACCCCUUCUACACGCCGGAGUUCAGUCAGGUGCUGUACCCUGUAGCCAGCAUGCGCCACCUAGAGCUGUGGGUCACUUACUACAUCCGGUGGAACCCACGCAUGCAACACCAGCAGAGUCCAGUGGAGCAGCGCUACAAGGAGCUUCUGGCAUUAAGGGAUCAGUACCUGAAGAAACUGGAGGAGCUGCAGCUCUCAGACUCCGCCCCUUCCUCCACCCACUUGACGAACAGCUCCACCCCCAAUGCCGCCACGCCCAAUCAGCACAUCACACACCUGCAGACACCGUUUUGAUCGCAAACUGUUAAAGACAUUGGACACUUGUACAUAGCAAUAGCGAUUAGUUAAUGGUAACACGAUUAGUAGUGAUGUCGACGAUAACAAAAACAAUUAUGCAAUAAACCACAGUACAGCCUUCAUCGUGCAAAAAAAAUAAUAAACGUUAAGCGAAAAGAAAAGCCUUAAAGUGACAGUGCCGCAUACUAAGCAUGGAAGUGAGUCAUGUGGGUAUCCCAGAAUUCACGUGACUGUGAUUGAAGGCGGAUGGACGUAUGUGAUUUCUGUGCUGCGUUGUGUGUUAUUUGGGUUCUACAUCUGAAUGGAGAACAUUUUUGAAUGUUGAUUACUAUUGAGAUGGCGUUCAGAGAGUGCUGGUUUUGUUUACAGCGUUGUAAACUUUAGUCUACAUGGUGUCACGUCAAUCUCGCAUCAAGCAGGGUCCUCAAACUUUGGCAGAGCAAUCGGUAGACUUUGUAUAACAGCUUGACAAACUCCAGUAGUUGACCUCAUGAGGUAAAGGAAGUUGAUGCGUCGUCUAAUUGUCUUACUUUUUUCCACCAUAAAUGUCAUUCGCUGAUAAGGGGAGUGUGUGUUAUGGAUGGAAAAUGUUCUGACGUGAUUAACGUUAGCUUGUGAAACAGAACCAGGGUUUUGAAACAAGCGACACAGAUACCUUUUUGGUGCCUUUACUCAAAUCUGAGGUUUUCAGGUUUAUAUUUUAUAGAUUUGUUUUUCUCUUAAUGGCAGCAUUUGUGGUAGUACUGAAUGAUUUCCAUUCACUGUGCGGUUUUGGUUGAUUUUUUUUUUUUUUUUUCUCCUGCCGAGGUCUGGAGAUUGACAAUUUUAAGCCCUACACGCAUUGGGCUUGGGGUUUUACCCCAUAAAACGACGUGCAGUUGCCACGGAAAGCAAAUAUUUUGUUUCUGAUGGAGCUGACAGUAUUGCUCCCAACGAGACGUAGCAUUGUCUGCAAAGUCUUUUGGGUAGGAGGAGAGGCUGGGAUGUGAAAUGGUGUGUUUGGACUGUCCCAUAUUCAGUCUUUUCUUGAGGAAGAGAGCGCUGACUGAAUUCUUGCGCUGCCUCGGAAAACUGAACUUCUAAAGACUUUGACCUCAAUGAGGAUAUGAAGAUUAUUAAACCAUAGUGUGUGAAGACGACAAAAGUUCAAUAAACAAACAAACCAUUUGCGGUUGGUUGUUUUUAGGGGGGACAAAAGACAGAAAUCUAUUUUUUAUUUUUUACAAGCACCAGAACUAUGUAAUUACCUCAAGCAAAAAAACUAUUUUACUGUUGAAAGUUCUAUUGUUGUAAAAUAUAAUUAUUUUAUUCAGUGUAAAAAUUGACAGUUUUAUAAAAAGGAAUUAGAAUUUUAAAAAAAAACAUGUUGUGGAUGGUUUUGGUAAUUGUAGGUCAUUUGUCGGACAUCCUCUUACAUAUAAUUUCUUUUCUUUUUUAAAUGGGCAUUUAGGUUUUGCUUUGUAACAUUUUAAGGAUCUGAAAACGAUCUGAUUCUGUAGAGGAUUCUUUUGUUCUCUAUCCCAUCGCUUUGUGCGUGAGAUUGAGUGAAGGAAAGCUGCACUCAGUUGUUUUUUUUUGCUGACAUUAUCUUAAGUUAGACAUAAUAGUUUAAAGGGAUUUAUUUGUGUUUUGUAUUCCCACAUGUAUCCUUUAUUUGUUGGCCAGCUAUUGUUCUGUACAUAAUGCUGAUUAAAUUAAUUUAAAGAGUUCACAUGGAAA